CGCUUUACAACAGCAGGCAAAUUGAUCCUAACUGCUAAUCUAUGGUAUAAUGCAAUUCCUACACAAAAUUGCGAUGUCUUAGUCACCUUUCCAGAGAAAGCAGAUGAUUAUGAUGUCAUGUGGAUUUACAAUAGAAUAACAAAAAGAGCUCCGCAAUUACAAGUAACCGUACGCCGCCAUGCUAAUAUUCCAGUAUAUGCCUUCUAUAUUACAGCAACCUUUGAGAAUUUGCUACAAGCCGCUGAACAACUAAGUAUGAGAAAACGACUCAAACAAUCGCAUGGUGGUGGUUGGAAAGAAUUUAAUUUAGAAGAAUCUAAAAUGUUUCUUAAUAUUGAAAACUCCAACGAUUUCUUUACUACACGAGAACGUCAAACUAUUGUCUUCAAAAUGGUAGAAGAAAUUCGAGCUGAACAUGGGGAUUCGGUCGGCAGACUUGUCUUGAUUGAAGGAGAACCGAUCGUUCCCAAAUGUUUAUCUAAAGGCAUUAUAAAACAAAUAUUACCUCUCCAUUCCAAUACCGAUUUAAAGAAACUUGAAAAGGAUUGGGUACAAGCAUUUUUACGGCCUCAACCGUUAGAUGAAAUUAGCUCCUACUUUGGUGUUAAAAUUGCCAUGUACUUCGGCUGGUUGGGUUUUUAUACAAGAUCAUUAAUAAUACCAGCUAUGAUUGGUCUCUUAUUCUAUUUAUUCGAUACCGGUGAUGCACUUUCACAAGUUAUUUUUGCUGUAUUUAACAUUAUAUGGGGUACAGUAUUCUUGGAAGCCUGGAAAAGAAAAAGUCAAGAAUACGCAUAUCGUUUUGGAACUUUAGAUCUUCCUAACAAUUUAGUCACAGAACCGAGGCCUUUAUACCGGGGAGACUAUCAGCCUAGUCCCGUUACCGGAAGACUAGAACCUUACUUCCCUACUUGGAAACGAAGAUUAAUAUACUGUGUCACCAUUCCAGUUAUAUUAUUUUGUAUAUCAGUGGUAUUUGUGGUAAUGCUUUUAUGCUUUAAAUUACAAGAAUUUUUCAAUGAACAUGCACCUGCAUGGACGGUCCAUUUUCCUAAAAUGUUAUUAGCGUUAUCAGUUUCUGUUAUGGAUGACGUUUAUAAAAAAAUUGCAGUUAAAUUAAAUGAUUGGGAAAAUUAUCGACUUGAAGAGACUUACGAGAAUCACCUAAUUGUAAAACUGCUUUUGUUUCAAUCUGUCAAUUCUUUCUUGUCGCUGUUUUAUAUUGCAUUUUACUUGCAAGAUUUCCGUCGAUUAAAACAGCAAUUGGUAGCAUUGCUUAUUGUUCGUCAAAUUAUUGGUAACAUCAAAGAAGCAUUGGUGCCAUAUGUUAUGCAAAAAAUAAAGUUUUAUCGAAUGUCGAAAAAGAUGGAAAAACUCGAACAGCAAUUAUUAGAGAAACAUAACAAGGGAGGCGAUGAAACUGAAGUAGAAGAUAAGACUAUGCUUACGCAAGCUGAAGUAGAGUGCCAAAUGAAAGAAUACGAGGACACCUUGGAAGAUUAUGCAGAAAUGUUCAUUCAAUUUGGUUAUGUUGUCCUUUUUUCAUCCGCAUUUCCACUUGCUGCGGUUUGUGCACUUCUUAAUAAUGUCAUUGAAAUAAGAAGUGAUGCGUUCAAACUAUGUAGCUCGUUUCAAAGACCAUUUUCUCAAAGUGUUCGUGGAAUCGGCGAGUGGCAGUUUGCUCUAGAAUCAAUGGGCAACGUUGCAGUAAUGGUUAAUUGUGCAUUACUUGCACUAUCUGGUAUCUUUCAAAAAAUUUACCCCGGAAUUACUCCUGUGGGAGUGGUAAUGGUAACCAUACUCCUUGAGCAUCUUGUCUUCGCGAUCAAGAUUUUGGUAGAGAAAGCAAUUCCGGAUGUCCCGGAAUGGAUUGAAACAGAAUUGGCUAAAUUAGAAUACAGAAGAAGGACUGCAUACAUGGUUAUUAUAUUGUAUACAUUAAUACGUAUCAUAUAUAUGGUUUCUUGUAGCUCCUUAACCAGUUUGAUCGAUAAAUGA